AUGACUUCAAGCAUGUUGAAUGGGGAACGAAGGUGGGCCUCUUCCACCAGAAGGGGUGGUAUGACCGUGUUAGGGAAAGUUGCUGUUCCAAAACCUAUAAAUUUACCCAGUCAGAGGUUAGAAAAUCAUGGCCUAGACCCAGAUGUGGAGAUUGUACCCAAGGGUUCCCUCAGUUGGGGCAGUAAAUCACCAUCUUCUGCAUUAAAUGCAUGGAGUUCUUCUCUAUCUCCAAAUACCAGUUGUGGUACUAGUUCACCCAGUCAACUGAGUGCCCGUCCAUCAUCCGGUGGAAGUGGAACCCGGCCUUCAACUUCUGGUAGUGAUAGGGCUUCUGAACUAACUACUAGAGCAUGGAGGUCAAACUCCCGGCCUUCAUCAUCAUCUGGGGUACCGACGUCAAGUCAGACUUCUCAGACAUCAUUACGUCCUCGUAGUGCUGAAACAAGACCUGGUAGUUCAGAAUUAUCUCGAUUUGCUGAACACACGACUGAAAAUUCAGUGGCUUGGAAUGUUGCUAGAACUACAGAGAAAUUGGGAAUUAAACAAUGCAAGAAUGAAAAUUUUUCUUUGAGCUCUGGAGAUUUUCCUACUCUUGGUUCUGAAAAGGACAACUCUGUACCUGAUUUUGAGUCCCAAGAUCACAGUUCUCAUAUUCGGCCUGACUCUUCUGCUGGACUUGGGAAAGAGAAAAAUGAGACCUCAACUGUUGAUGAUGUUCCUGUUCAUGAAACUACGAAGGGUGAAACUGAAAAUUCUUGGAGAAGAGCCGAUCAGGCUUUCAAUGAGGAUGGUAUAAGGCCUGUAAUAGAGAAAUGGAAUGGGAAUCUCCAUCCCUAUCCUAAUGCUGGUAUUCUUCCUCAGCACUUUGAUGUUUGGCGUGGUGCUCCAGUAAAUAACCAUCAACGUGAUGUUUGGUUCAGAGGCCCACCUAAUGGUCCUCCUUUUGCAACCCCUGUUGCUCCAGGUGGCUUUCCAAUUGAACCAUUUCCAUUUUAUCAUCCACAAUUUCCACUUACUGGUUUUGCGAAUCCAUCUCAAGUUCCUCCUCCUGGAAGUGGUCCAAGAGGGCAGCCUAAUAAUGGGGAUGUCUACAGGCCUCAUAUGCCUGAUGCUUACAUUCCUCCAGGCAUGCCAUUGAGACCUGGUUUUUUUCCUGGCCCAAUGACCUAUGAAGCCUACUAUGGUCCUCCAAUGGGCUAUUGUAAUUCCAACGAACGAGAUGUCCCUUUCAUGGGAAUGGCAACUGGAGCUUCUGUUUAUAAUAGGAAUGCAAGUCAUAACCUACCCGAGCCUGGCAUUUCACAUGGUAGAUCUGGUGGACAUGGUCCUGUAGUAAAACUAUUAGCAUCAGAGCAGGUAGAAUCCAGUCAUACUCCUGAUACCAGACCAUACAGAGUUCUUCUUAAGCAACACAAUGAGUUGGAUGGAAAAAAUGAACCAACAAACUGGGAGGACUCGUUAACAACGAAUGCAUCACAUGCCAAUGAGAGGGACCAAUCAAGAUUGCCUGUCCAGGAGAAUGAUCACAGAGGGAACAUGGAGAUGGAUUUAAGGAGGACAAGUGCUCAUAGCAAAGAAGCUUCUUCUCAAGCAUCGGGAAAUCAAGGAUCUAUUUCUGUAAAAAAUACCAAGUCAGUUGAAAGUGCUGGAAGCUUUGAUAAUAUUUCGAAAAGGAAAAUGGAUGUUGUCAGUUCUAAUAAACUAGGAAUUGCCUCAAGACUGUCUGCCCCUAAAGAUUCUACUCUAAUUCGAAAGAUAGAGGGUUUAAAUGCAAAAGCCAGGGAUAUUUCAUCCACUAAAAGUAAAGAUGAUAGGAUGAAUAAGUUUCACACUGGUAGCCAAGUGGAUAAUGAAACAAGUGCUGGUGUUGUAUCUCGUGAGACAACCCUUGCCACUGAAGUAAAAAAUUCAACAGUUCGUGGAGUGGGUGCUUUUGGAGGCGAAAAGAAUUUGAAGUCAUCAUCUUUCAGUGAAACACCUACAUCCAGGCAAAUUUCUCAUGGCAUGCAAGGCAGAUGCAACGAUCGUAAGGGGAAGCUCGAUACUCAAGAUGUUGAUGGUUGGGAAAAGAAAUUUGGGGUCAUAGAUUCUUCACCAUCAUCAGGUACGCAUUUGGAAGCAUCUAGCAUUCUUGUAGGUGAGCAUCAAAUAUCUGUUGAUGCCUAUGAAAGGUCUGGGUUGUAUAGCCAAGUAAGGCGUGAAGGAGUACCUGUGCAAACCUUAUCUGAUUCAGCCAAUAGCUGUGAACAGCGUGCUAUAACAAAAGAGUUAUCUAAGCAGCAGACUAAGCAACUGCAGGUGGAAGAGGAGGACCGUACUAAAAAGCAAAGGGCUAAAUCUCUAGUGAAGUUAGAGGAGGUAAACAGGCGCACAGAAGCAGUGGAAGGAUCAAUGCAGAAAGCGUGUGCUGCUAAUUCUCCACUACAGAAUAUGCAAAAAGAGUUUCAACUUUCCGAGUCUCCAACAGUAUUGGGCAAAUCCGGGAAUGUCAAUUCUUCUGUAAUUCCUAAUGAUAAUGGAAACCAGAAAAAGAAGAAUAACAGGAAUAAGAAAAACAAACAGAAAGUUAAAGACAUUUCAUUCUUGCCUGCAUUAUCAACUGCAAUAUUGAAGGAUGCCGGUUUUUCUACUAGCUCUGUUGAAAAUAAACCCAGGGAAGACAUCGAGGUAGAUCAGGGAUCACUUCAGUCGUCAUCUUUGUACAAAGAUCCAAACCAGUAUUCAGAGCAAAAAUAUUCAGAAUUUGAAGAAUCCCAUGGUAAAAUAAAUAACCUGUUGAAAUCACAGCAUUCUCGAAGGAUGCCAAGAAACAUGCAGGCUAAUAAUAGAUUAACAGAGAAAUCCCAUGGGAGUGAUGCUUUGAUGUGGGCACCUGUUAAACCCCCGAACAAGGGCAUCUUGGAUGAAUCAAGUGAGAAAAGUAAAAUUGAGGCAAUUGUUCCUGCAAAGAGUGAUCAGCAGGUGCAUAAUUUAAGAAAUAAGAGGGCUGAAAUGGAGAGAUAUGUUCCAAAACCUGUUACAAAAGAAAUGGCUCAGCAAGGAAGUUCACAACAAAUGGUAUCCUCAAUCAGUCAGGUUCCUAAGGAUGAAUGUGUUGAAGGAGUUGAUUAUGGUUCUCAUGGUCCCCAGAUAACUCAGAAUACUAUUUCAGGUGCUGGAGUAGUGGGUUCUGUCCCGGAGUCUAAAUUUGGAGAUAGCAGGCCGACUAGGGGUUGGAAGGGAAAAUCGCAUGGAUCAUGGCGGCAAAGGAAUUCAACAGAAUCAAAAGAUGUGCACGACAUGCUAGAUGGAGUGAACCACGGUUCAAGCUCCUAUCAAAAUAUUCAGAUACCGAUGGAGCGUAAGAAAGUGCAGAUGUCUGAAACAAGAGGGCAAUGGAAGCAUGUUAGUGACACUAGCAAACCUGAUGCCUCAAACAAACCAGAGAAUCAUGAUUUAGUUGUUUCAGUUUCUGUUCCUAUUAUCGAAGAUCAUAAAGGAACGGUCAGGGAAAGGCAGGUACGUUUUAGGCGACAGAAGGGCACGGGUUUGAGCCAUGAUGUUGAUCAGAAGAAAAGGGCUGGGGAGACAGGGAAAACUGAAACCAUGAUACCAUCUGCUGUGCAUAAUCAACCAGAUAUGAAUGCUGUUCUGAAGGAAUAUCAAAGUAUUGAAGAACGUGGGUCAUCACACUGGCAACCCAAAUUUCAGGCAUCAAAUAAUCAGAGAGGAGAUAGACCCAAGAAAAAGGAGUUUACUCAUGGUGGUUCAUUUCCAGGUGGUAUAGACAAGGAUUUUGCGGCACACCCUCCCAGCCAAUCAGUUUUUGAGAAGAGCCAGGGUAGAGAAGCUCCAAAUUUUAGGAAUAUGGAGGUUAAAAGGGAGAGUAGAAAUGCUCCACCAGAAAGACAUCCCCACUCCUUAAAUCAGGUAGCUGUUAGCUCAAGUGAGCAGGCUCCAACAAGUAUGGCUCCCAGGAAUCAGCAUCAAUCAUCAUCUGGGGUUCGCCGAAAUGGAAGUCAAAGCCAUUUUGGGAAGGGGCGUGAAUUUAAGGAAGAUUGGAAAUCACAUGCGCAAGAUAACAGAUAUCAUCAAAACCGGGAAACACAAGGCCCUCCAAACUUUCAUCACGAGUACCACUCUUUAGGACCACAGGGAGACAGCAAAUCAGACAACUCUGGACGACCUAAAGAUGGUUACUGUCAUGCCAGGGGAAGAUUUAGGGAGAGGGGUCAAACUCACUCAAGACGAGGUGGUGGAAACUAG